AUGACUAAUAGUUCACGUGAAAAUAGAACUCAUGUAGGCGUGUUUGGAAGCUUUAUUAGUGAGGAAGGGCUGAGAAAUAUCGAGGAGUAUAGUUAUAAAAGCGGUGGGUCUACAUUUUUGGAUUCCUUAAUGAAUCCUUUUUGGGAAUUAUUUGAAAGGCAAAUUCCUGAAUAUAUUUCACCAAACUUAUUGACAGUACUUGGGUUUAUAUGUUCUUUGAUUGCAAUACUACUAACGAUGAUGUAUUGCCCAACACUCGAUAACGCAAUGCCUUUCGGUACCUCGAUAAUCAUUUCCCUACUUUUAUUUCUUUAUCAAACUCUUGAUGCGGUUGAUGGAAAACAUUCAAGAAGACUAAAGAUUAGUUCGCCUUUAGGGCAACUACUUGAUCAUGGGCUUGAUUCAUACACAACUAUUUUUUUUUCAACAAUUUUUUGUGCUUGUUGCAGGAUGGGAUGGGGUUAUAAAUUCUGUGUUUUUUUAUCAAUUGCACAGUUUAAAAUGUUUUCAUUUAUUUGGUUAGAAUGCCACUGUAAGAUUUUUCGGUGUUCAUCUUCAGAUUACUUGGGUGUCACAGAGAGCCAGUGUAUUGUAAUAUUUUUUGCAGUUUAUUCUUCAACUAGUGGUUUAAAUAUCUUGUUUAAGCACUUAUUAUUAAAUAUUUCAACUAUUGAUAUUAUCAUUUUAUCCAUUAUAAUUAUAGGUAUAAUCACGCUAAUAAAUGAUAUCGUUUCAGGCUUAAAUGAAUGCAAGAGCCCAAGGUCAAAAAAAAUUGCAUCUUUGGAGAUUUGCGGUAUAUUGUGUCAUUUAAUGUUUCAAUUUCUAUUCAUAAGCUCAAAUACAUACACUGAGUUCCCAAUGACUACCAUGUUCAUUUUAACGACGAGCAGCUCAAUUAUUGCUUUGAGAAUGAAUGUUUCAUCAUUUACACUCGAAGAACUACCAUAUGUACACUGGCCAGCACUCCCUUUUUAUAUCUCCUCAGUAUUUCUCUUAUUUGGUAGAAUUCUGUUCAGUCAAUCGUUUGAAUUUCAAAUAGUGCUAUUAAUAAUUGUCGCCUUAUGGAAUACAAUGUACACUAUAGACUUUGCAUCCAUAACUAUUAAAUCAAUUUGUAAUCAUUUGAAUAUUUCUCUAUUUUCUACGAGAAUUCUAGACGAAAAUAAAAUGGAAAAGAGUGUUGUUCAUAAAGAUAAGGCUUCUAAUCAUUUUUCUUAUGGUAAUCGAACAAAGGAAAUGAAUUCGAAAAUUAAACUGUCUAUGUCGCGUUCAUUUAAGAAGAAUAAUCGUAAUUAA